CCAAGUUUAAACAUAUUCAUAAAUAAAAAAUCGGAAUACCUAAGCUGAAAGACCAUUUAAGUGUAAAUUGGUUGAAAUGAUUGCGCCGAAAAUAUAAGAUUGAAACAUGAACGUCGUCUGUGUUUUGUUUUAUAUGUUUCAAUUUUCUUGUAGCACAUUUGAAAUGUUUGCUUGUUUUCACUUUAAUUCGCGAUGUAAAUUUUUAACUCAAUGAAGCCAUCCUCUUCUAUAUCAGCCAAUACAGACGGUAUAAAGACUACAGAAAAGCAUCAAGGAUGGUUGAAAAAACUUGGUGGAAAACUGAAGAUCUGGAAAGAAAGAUACUAUGUUCUGACAGAUACCCACCUAUACUAUUUUACUGGGACUGACAAAAAGAAGCUUUUGGGUGAAUUCGCUCUAAGCGGUGCAAGAAUAGAAUCUGAUCCUGGUGAUGUGGAACAUAAUGGGGAUAAAUCGUGUUUAUUACUGCUAAAGAUCAAUGGAAAUUCGUCGUUGUUGCCAACCGGUCAACAGUUACACAGCCAGGAUCAACAACAGAUCAUACUUUGUGCACCUAAUCCACGUGAAAGAAAAGUAUGGUUAAGAGCGAUAAGAAAAGUGCUUUACUUACAACAAGGUGGUGCUUUAUUUGGAACACACUUGGAAGAAGUUUUUCAAUAUUCAAAAGGUAGUAAUGAAUACCUACCACGUGUUGUGUAUGAAACGGUGAAAUUUAUACGUGAAAAUGGAUUAGAUACUGAAGGGAUUUUCAGAAAGUGCGGUAAACAGAAUGCAAUUCAAGCGUUGGCUGAUUUAUAUGAUUCAGCUGCACCCGGGCCUAUCCUGAUUCCAAAUGAGCAUGAUGUACACCUUGUUUCAGGAUUACUAAAAUACUAUUUAAGAGAAUUACCUGAACCAGUUAUUCCAUAUAAAUAUUAUGAUAAGCUAAAAGCCUCUGGUUAUCGUAUAGCUGAUGGCGAUGAUUUACCAGAAUACAUUGACAUAUUUCAAAAGUUACCACCACCGAACUACAAUUUACUAAAAUAUCUGUGCCAAUUCCUGUUUGAGGUAUCGGAGCAUGAAAAACAAAAUCGGAUGUCUAUAUCAAGUCUGGCUAGUAUGUUUGCACCAAACUUUCUACGACAACAAGAAGAAGAUCUACACAUUGAAAUGUCCGCCUCCCAACUUAUUAAUCAUACAAUGACAGAAUUUAUCAGAGCCUAUCAAAUAUUAUUUCCAUUUCCAUUAAAAUCUCCAGAAUUAAGUAUAUUACAAGUCGGUCAAAGCUUGAAUACAAAGGUGCUAAUUCAGCCGAAUACUUCAUCACCUUUGCAUAUAUCUUCAUGGAACAAUGAAAUGAAAAUAUCGACUCAAAAUCAAAUGACAGAAUCAGUUAUUAUUUGUGAUAAGCCAUCAGGUUUUCCAAUUCGGUCGUCAGAAAAUAGUAAUAAUAGUACUAUUGAGAAUAAGUGUGCUAACCACAAGCUUCAUCCUCCUAUUUCCAAUAAUGUUAAUAAUAAUUCUGAUAGAAUUAAUCAAAUGAAUAAGUUUGAUCACAAAUCCGCUGUAUUGAAUAAUAUCAGAAGUUCACAUGACACUCAUAAUACUAACAUUAUUUGUGCUAAUAUUACCCCUACUACUACCACUACUACUACUACUACCAACAAUAUUGUUAUGAGACCAUAUAAACGUCAUCAUCUACAUAAAAGUUUAACCACCAGAAUUGAUAUGAACCACUCAGCUGAACAGAAAGAAUCAAGAAUACAAUUACGUAAACUUCAUACAGAAAGUGGUGAAUAUGAAUUAGGUUCACUUGUUGGUGAAUCUGAAGAAAAUCUACACUGUAAUAAUAAUAAUAGUAAUAAUGGUACCUACAGUAAUAAUGAUACGAAAACGGAUUCCAGUGAGCUUACAAUUAUAGAAGAUCGAAGGGAAGAUAUGGAUAAUCUGAACAUAGUUCAUACAGAUAUAAACUCUAUGAAAAUAACAGAAAAAUCUUUCAACAGUUUGCCUUCUCAUCAGAACGAUUCAGAAUUGGCAAAAUCUUCAGCAAAAGAUCGUCCCGUAAUUCCAACUCACUGGUCAAUCAAUACAGAUAAAAAGAAGUUACCAGUGGAGAGUAAAACAAUGAAACAAAAAGAUUCUAAUGAAACUUAUGCUUCUUUUAAUUUGGAUGUUCUGUCAAAAAUAUACUUAAAUAGUGAAAAAGUUGCACAGCUUAACACUAACGAAAAUAACACCUUUGAUAAUACUAAUACAGAGAUAACAUUAACAGCUGGUGUACCUACAGAUAGUUUACAUUACAAUGGUUAUCACUAUUCACAAAGUGAUUUCCCAAAGAAAGCGAUACAUACAAAAGAAUUUAAUGCUAGUAAGAAACAUGACAAAACCAUUCGAAGUGAAUCGUUGGACUCACAUAGUCCAGUGGAACAGAUUCGAUAUUGGCGUUCAGUUGCUGCAGCAGCUCAAGCUAAUGCUGCAGGUCAGUUAGCCAGAGUAGACAAAUUAACUCAAGAACUGACUCGACUACGUUGGGAUUUAAGUAUAUCCCAUAUGGAAAAUAAUUUACUGCGUCAAAAUUUAGCCUCUGUUCAAGCUGAAUUAGACCAAAUUCGUCAAAUUUCGAAUAGUACUGUGAAACGUGAUAAAAGUAUGCGUCAUACACUGUCACCUUAACGACAACAUGAUAUUGAAAGUGUGAUGGCUUUAUUCAGUCUUUCACAGUAUAUUCUUUAGUGUAAAAUAACACAAUUAACCUACACAUGUGCAUGAUAAAGAAGAAACUAUCUGAAAUAAAGGAAAGAAAACCAGACUAUGACCUCGGAAUGUUUAAUCUACUCCAAUUGAUUUAAUGUGAAUUUUCAUACAGCAAAAACCCGACUGUUUCCACUGUGCACUUCCUUGAUUCCAACUAUUUUGCUGGCUUCGUUGGAAUUUUACUCAGAAUACUGUCUGUCAGACAAAAGCCAUAUAGUGCCAGAAGCGCUUAUAUUAUGAAAUCAGUUUUCCUUCAAGUUAAAACUAAUCGUGUAAGAAAUAUUGCUAUCAUGUAUAAACUAAGAAAAUUUUUGUGUAAAUUAUGUCGCCUUAGUUGUAUAUUAAGCCUUUUGUUCUGUUUUCUUCAUUCAUAUAUAGUAUUUAUUCUUAUUUUACAAGAAAAAAUAUUGAUAGAAUAUGACUUCUGAUAAUUCCUGCAA